CGGAAUUUCAGACGCACCUCGGCUUUGAUCUGCGCUUCGACCAAAUGUCUCAGUGUCCCGCUGCACCCCAGCCCGUAGUCCCAAUGCAGGACUCGGAUUGGAACUCUGUUCUGCAGUUCGUCCAGGAUCCCCUCGACAUGGACUUUGGUGACCCUAAGCAGGUCGGUCGCGCCCAGGAGAACAGUCCAAUCGUCCAAGUUCCAACCCCGCCACACUCUGCAGAUGGCUCGCCCGUCGUCGACGACUCUGAAGACAACACCUUGGUCUCGGUUUCGACAACGUUUUACCCAGGAGCCCAGCUCAACCCCGCACAACCGGACGUGAUCCUCCUUUCGUCAGAUGGGGUCUUUUUCUACUGCCACUCUCAUGUCCUCGUCGCAUGCUCGACGAACGGCUUUGCAGGCCAUCUGCCACGACCGUCGCCACCGAUAGCAUCGAGCAAGGACGUCGACCCAUUUGUGUCACUGAGCGACCACUCCACCAUCAUCAACAUCAUCCUUCACGCCGUUUAUGAUAUGUCAUGCGCGCACUAUUCCCCGCCUUUCCCAACCCUCGUUGCAGCGGUGAACAGGCUUCCUUUCUUUGGAAUCUCCCCAAAACUACGUAUCGCCCCUUCGACGCCCCUAUUCAACAUUCUCCUCGCAUACGCCCCGCUCUUCCCACUCGACCUCUACGCGCUGGCCGCCUCUUACGACCUUUACGACCUCGCUGUCUCAACUUCAUCCCAUCUUCUGUCAUUCCCCCUUUUCUCACUCACAGACGAAAUGGCGGAGAAAAUAGGCCCCGUCUACUUGAAGCGACUUUUCUUCCUUCAUUUUGGCCGAUCUGAUGCUCUUAAACGUGUUCUACUUCCCCCUCCACAUCCACAUCCUCCGACACCGUGGUGUGAUCUUACCGAGCAGAAGAAGUUGACAAGGGCGUGGGCUUUAGCAUCAGCUUACUUGGCCUGGGAUGCACGGCCAGUACAAUGGAGUCGGCGCUUCGGCCUCUUGCCGAGCACCUUACUUGUGAGCAGUGCCAAACUGUACUACGGGAGCGUAUCAAAAAUCUUGUGGUACAAUGGUCCGUAG